AUGGAGAAACCGGCGAGCGCCGGCGACAUCGAGGUGGCCAAGGAGCGCGCAGAUGGAGACAGCGACGCAGCGCUUCUCCAAAAGCCACCUUAUUCCUACGUCGCCUUGAUCGUCAUGGCCAUCCAAGACAGCCCCGAGCAGCGCUUACCCUUGAGCGACAUUUACCGGUACAUCUCCCAGCGCUUCCCCUACUACCGGCCGAGCCAGAAAGGGUGGAAAAACAGCAUCCGCCACAACCUGAGCCUAAACGAAUGCUUCGUCAAAGUGCCCCGCGGGGGAGCCCAGCACAAGGGCAACUUCUGGACGCUGGAUCCGGCCUUCCAGGACAUGUUUGAGCGGGGUAACUACCGCCGUCGGAGACGGGUCCGGAGACCCCCGCGGGAUCUCUCCUCCUCGGUCCCGCUCCCUACGCCUCACCCGACGGCCUCAGCUUGCUUCGCCUACCCGGAGCCCCGGACGGGCUCUUAUUUCCUGCCUUACGGUCACCAGAGCCUUCCCACCGCCUACCUGUUUGCUGCGUCAGCUGUGGGGCACCCUCCGCCGUAUCCGAUGAACAACAGCCCUCCAGGGAUGGGCCCCAUGGGCGACUAUGGAGCCUACCCCAGGUUUUUGCUGCCCGGCGGGGCAGCCCACCAACAGCUGAGUCCCGUUUCCACCAGAUCCGUCGCCUCUUUUGAGUCGCCCCCCAAUGUGUCGCUUCUGCACUGUUGGAACUGGCAGGAGAGAUCCUACACCGGCAUGGACCUUUGA